UGUAGAAAAAAUCAUCGGGGCUUAUAAAAGACUCAAAGUGGGCGAUUUUGACUUAGAGUAACGACAAAUCAUUCUGAAGAAGAUCCCAUUCGAGAAAACAUCCCAAUAGAAAAUGCCAGAAAUUGACUUACCAAUGGCCCAGGAGAUCGGCGUGAUUGGGAUCCCAUUCAGCAAGGGCCAGUCUCGUCACGGUACAGACCUAGCGCCCCAGAAGCUCAGAGAAGCUGGAUUGAUAAAGAAAUUGGAGGAUCAUGGCAUCAAUGUGACUGACUUUGGUGACCUACCAUUAGAAACCCAUCCGGAUGACCUCCAGAUUGGAAACACGAAGAAUCCUAAAACCGUCGGAGCCGCAUCGGAAAUGAUUGCCAAAUCGGUCCAAGGCAUACUGAAAGAAAACAAAACAGUAUUGGCUCUGGGUGGGGACCACAGCAUGGCCAUAGGCUCAAUAUACGGACACUGGCUGGCCCAACCUGAUCUUGUCAUCAUCUGGGUCGAUGCCCACGCAGACAUAAAUACCCCACUGACCUCCGGAAGUGGAAAUAUGCACGGGAUGCCGCUGUCCUUUCUCAUCAAGGAACUCCAGCAGUAUAUACCGGAACUUCCUGGGUUGGAGUACGUGAAGCCUUGUAUUUCUGCCAAGAAUCUUGCCUACAUUGGACUGCGGGACGUGGACCCUGGUGAGAGGAAAAUCAUCGAAAUGCUUGGCAUUCCAGCAUUCUCAAUGCAGGAAGUUGACAGAUUCGGAAUAAAAGAAGUCGUAGAUAUGGCACUGAAAGCAGUAGACCCGAACGGUGACAAACCAAUUCACAUGAGUUUUGAUGUGGACGCUCUGGACCCCACCUUAAUUCCCAGUACGGGCACCCCCGUGCAUGGCGGGCUCUCCCUGAGGGAGGGACUAUAUAUAGCAGAGGUGAUGGCCGCUACCGGCCGAUUGUCCGUAGUGGAUAUUGCGGAGGUCAACCCAAUGUUAGGUGACGCGAAAGACGUCGCCAAGACGAUAGACAUGACGCUGGAAGUGAUCCAGCGGUGUUGUGGACGGACGCGCAGGGGGGCGUAUCCUCCGGGAUACACAGUCCCUCUCCCAGAGUCGUCGUAGUUACAGAUAACUCGUGAAGUUUUGGACGAUUCUCAUUUCACAGAACACACGUUAUAUGGCAUCAUUCUCCUCUAGUGUUGAAUGUUUGCUUACAUGACCUCUUUGACAUUUGAUUUUGUGAAUUUAAAAAACGUUAUUUUUUUUAGAUCCUACGCCCCCUUUUUUUUCUAACAGGAAGGGCAUGACAUGAGAGCAGGGCCGUGAACCGUACGUUGUAAUGGUGUCAUGGACUGUAGUUAAACACUUGUGUCUGUUUCCGUUCAGUCACUGUUAUGGUUCGUUGAUAAUUUCUGUAUUUUUGUUUGUUUGCUCAUUAUUAGUUCUCUCCACACCGGAACUGCUCACUUUUUUGACGUGUUAUCUUCAUGCAACGACUGCUGUCAUGCAUGACAUCAGGAGGGUAGAACAAUGUCAUGUAUGACAGCAAGAUGGUAGAUCGAUCAAUGUCAUGUAUGACAACACGAUGGUAGAUCGAUCAAUGUCAUGUAUGACAACAAGAUGGUAGAUCGAUCAAUGUCAUUUAUGAUCUGACGAGGGUAGGGCGAUGCCAUAUAUGAUUUGGCACGGCCGAACAUAAGUCAUGUACAAUAUGAGGAUACGCCGAUAUAAGAAGGGUAGAUGUUGUGUAGCAUGUCAUCCAUGUAGUGACCACGGCUCACCACGCCCUUGGCUGUCAUUUAUCAACAUUUAUUAUUGUAAUCUUUUAACCACUGCCUUCAGCCUUAUUCACUUAUUUAUUUCACACUGUGAAUAACUGCGCGUUUAAUAUUUUGAGUUCAUUUUCGAGAUGAGUCGUCCUUGAGUGCAGAUAUCUCGCUGAUGCUUAUAGAUCUGUUAUUGUUUUAGUGAUGACGACACGAAUAAUGAUGUAGUCCGUGAGUAAAGUGUAUACCUCCGACAGAAAUAUCCCACGUUAUACCCCCUGUUUCUGUCUCGUUUGACCUGUCUGACCCUUUACGUUACAUUUAUUGCAAAAUUUCAGACGACGGUGUAUGUCAUCCACACACUAAAAUAUAUAACAACCCGCAUUUAAAACCUUCCAUUUUGUCGUUGAACGGUUUUUGGUGUUAUUUCAUUAACGAUAUUAUACAUAAUAAUAUAUUUUGGUACCUGCUAAGCACGGACUACAUUGUGUACGCGGAAGCUUUGAAAGGUAGCUUUAGUAUCACAGAUUCAACAUAAAUUUGAGGCCCCAGAUGGGAUAAUUUUAAACUAUGGUGAAAUUAAAUAUGCUCCGAACUAAGGAAUUGAAAAAAACAACAACGAGUUAGCUGUAACUGGGCGAUUGCCUCCAUUACGGCUAAGCUUCUAUAACAUCCCAAACUCGACUUGUGCCUCUGUUGGGAUUAUGGUAUAGAACCUUAAUCAGCCCUCGACAGAGAUACGCCAUUCUGAUUCAGUUAUAAGUUAUUUUGGAUGAUAUAAGAGAUGCCGGCUAUUUUAUAAGAAAUCAUGUCUUGAAUAGAAUAUAAUUUUCUUUAUUGUAGGUGAUAUUGAUUUACGUAGGCCGGUGAUAUUGGUUUGUGGUAGGCUAGAAAAGUGAUAUUGGUGUAAGCUACGUGAUCUACGCACACCUAGACAGGUGAUAAUGAUGUUUUUCCUAUGUAAGUUGAUUAAUUGGUAAUUAAAUCAAUAAAUAAACUGUUACUGUUAACGAA